GGUUCGUUCAUCACAAAAAGGAGAGCUAAAUCGUAAACAAUAACAAACCAUCCAGUGAGAAGAUUGUUCUGCAUAUUUUAAAUAAAAAUUGGACUCUUUUCACUUGAACAACGGUACGAAAUAAAUGGCAAACUAAUUAGUGUAAUAAGCGUUCGAUUGAAAUGCCUGCGUCGUGCGUUAUCCCCGAUUGCGACCUAAAAUAUACUCACAGCGACGAUGUGUCCUUCCACAAAUUUCCACUCAAAUCUCCCGAACUGCUGAAACAGUGGAUCCAAUUCACCGGCCGGGACGAGAGCUGGCAUCCAACGAAAUGGAGCGCCCUCUGCAGCAGACACUUUGUGGCAAGCGAUUUCAAGGGAUGUGCUGCUCGCAAAAUACUUCUCCCAACAGCUGUCCCUUCCGUGCGCAAUGCCGUCGCCGCAAAAGCUCAACCGAACAACCUCUCCCUGCCUGUGAUAUCGUACGAAACGGUCUGUCCGGAGGAGGAACGCUCGCACAACCGCCACUUCGAGCACUAUCUUCCGGUCGAGCUCGAUUACGCCCCGUUCGGUGGGACGCUCUGCCCGCUGGUUGCGUCGGAACAGGUUGACGAGUUCGGUCCGGCCGAGGCGGACGGUGACGUCCAGCUGAUCGAGAUUACCUGCCGGAUCUGUGGCGUUGUGUUUAGCCGUGCCGUCGACAGUCUGCUGAGCGAUCUGGUGCAGGCGGAAGAAGCGGUACGGAAGUAUCUGCCGUUCGUGAACCUGGACCUACCCAACCUGCCGCGCAAGAUCUGUCUGCACUGUUCCAAGCGGGUGCAAGGGUUUUCCAAGUUCAGCGAAAAUGUACUCCGGGCACAGUCCGACCUGGAGCAUCGCUUCGCCCAGGAACUGCACGGCGGGGCGUUUGCAGUGCCGGAUGGGUUUUCUGCGGGUGCUCGAACCAAGCAGGAAAUUGUGUCGGCAAAACCGAUGAUCAUUAAGCAGGAACCUAUUGCGAGUAUAAACAUAAAGGAGGAAAAAAUCGAGUACGCAAUGAACAGCGCACGGCAGAAAGAUCCGGAGCGACCUCCGGUGCAGGAAUCAAGCGAACCAGGACCUCCACCGGUAAUGGCAAACAAUCCGACAUUUACCAGCGAACCGAACCGGAUUUAUCUGUUCAACAAUGUGGGACAGGAUGGUACGAACGGUCCAGCACUUUCCAGCAUCAAUCCGACCAAGAACCAAGCGCGCGAGUCUUCCAAAAACUGUGAAAUUCUCGAAAUCCUUAACCUCUACCCGCCAAUAGUGGACAUAACGAGCGCAACGGUGACAGAAGUGCAACCGUACGAAAUCACACUACCCUCGGUUACCACGGCAACGGCAACAGCGGGAGAGUUUUCAUCCUUUUCUACCGCAGCCAGCUCAUCCAGCUCGUCCGCACAGUUCGUUAGCAGCUUGAAGGUGGAAAACACGACCGAACUGGAACCGGAACAGGACGACUAUUACCUGCCCGAGCGGCUGGUCUUCAUCAACACGCUGGAGGAGCACAGCUACACCAAGCUGCCGAUACAGGCGGAUGAUAAUAAGGAUGAAAUUUUCCACGAUAUGACGAUUGGCGGCGUCAGUGGUCAGUGGUUCGAAGCGACGCAGGACACGGUAACGGCACAGAAAAGUGAAUCAAAAGCAAGAACGAAGAGCAUACCCCGCUGGACGUGUCCGAUGUGUGAGAGGAGGUUCACUCGCCAGCGACGAAUGCUGUCCCAUCGGGCGUGGGAAUGCACUGAACGCACCAAACUCACCGUGGAUUGUCGCUUUUGCAGGCGGAAGUUCCCUUCAUGGGCACGGGCUCGCUCACAUGUAUGUGUGUGUGCUAAACGGGUGGCCAAACACCGACAGUACCGCUGGCGAGCAAUGCUGGAGCGAGAAAAGUGUCGACAGACGGGUAAGGAGCGCCCUGGCGAACGAGGCGAAAUCGUCCUCACCAAGUACCCCUGCUCGCUGUGCGAUCGUUCGUACACGAAUGCGUCCAACUUGCGGCGACAUUUCACCACCCACCGGCCACCGGACCAGUGGAACCACAAGUGUGGCGUUUGCUUUAAAAUCUUCGACAAGCUGUUCGACUUAAAGCGCCAUCUCCAACUAGCUGGGUGUGCCGGUGGCCUUCCCGUGAUUCCCGCGGGCAGCACGACUGUUGUUUGCGCUGAACCGGAGGAACUCACCAUGCUGACCGAACCACCAACCACGGGCCCAACGGACAUGCCAACCGAACCAACGAUAAGUGCGGCCACCGUUACGCGGCCCAUCGAUCGACUGCUGUACGUCUGCUCGACCUGCAGCAAAAUGUUCCAAUCGUACAACAGCCUCAAGGUGCACGAACCGAUCCACACCGGCACGAAGGCGUACAUCUGCGAGACGUGCGGGAAGCGGUUCUCCGGCCCGUCGAACCUUUGGCAGCAUCGGCUGACCCACUCGGAGGAGCGCCAGUACCGGUGCAAGCAGUGCCCGAAGGUGUUCAAGCGGAAGGGAGGCCUCAGCCAGCACGUGCGUGCCAUCCACAUGAAGAUUAAGCCGUACCACUGUCCGACCUGUGGCCAUGAGUAUGCACUUAAGGCGGACAUGGCACGCUGUAGACACUCCCGGCUGAACGAUCCGGCGGUGGCUGUGGUGUCGGCAACGGGUUAGCGCAGAAUAAAAUGGGGAAGUUCAGCGCAACUUG